UGAUUAUUCGUUUUUGCAGUGUUGCUCGGAAGUAUAAUCUCCAGGUCGCUGUGAUAGAUAAAUCACAAUGUUAGAAGUGAAGCGAAGUUUAUCCGGUCUUGUGGCUUAUGGGGCUUUACUCACGGCCCUGGUGUGCUGGUCGAUCGCGUUUUUCACGCCUUUCUGGCUUGAGAGCGAUUUCAGAAUGUACGGAUCACAAUUUAAGAGGCUGGGAUUAUGGGUGAAUUGCUUCAACAGUCUUCCGGAUCCAAACGAUUUUGAGCGUCACAUAUUUUUCGUGGGUUGCCGUUGGGUUUUUGAUCCGUUCACUGCCGGAUAUCCUGAAAUUCGGGGAUAUCUCCUGUCAGCUUUUUUUGUGGCUACCCAAAUAUUUGCAUCAUUCGCCUUCACUCUCAUCCUCGUAGCUUUUGUACUAAUGGGAAAGCUUAUCCUUUGUUGGUCGAUCAAAAGCGAAGUCAGAACCUUGAAGUUGAUUUCUUAUGUCCUACUUGCGUCUGCCUUUUUCGGUUUUCUGGCUAUCACUAUUUUUGGUGCGAAGGGCAACUCGGAUCCUGAUUGGAUGCCAAAUCCACAGCACAACUAUUUCAGCUGGUCUUACGGUCUUGCCGUAGUUGCUACGUUCGCAGAAAUUGUGGCCGCCGUUUUGUUUGCUGCGGAUGCUCAUGUACGAGGAAAGAAAAUCCGUCGAAUGCCGUCCUAUCAAGUAGAGAAUGGUCGUGAAGAAGCGACUGCAUUCAAUGAACCAGCUGCGCAGCGCUAAUAUUUUGGCAAAAUGUUUUAUAUCAGUUUUUAUCUUGGAGCCUAUGUAUUGAGCGCUCAGUGGACAAUUCGCCAUGUUAUAUGUACUGGACUGGAGUUCAAAAGGCUUCUUGACCUCACCAUGGAUCUGUUGAGCUUCUUAAUCCGUCCAAAUGUGGGAAGCAUUAUGUGUGUUUGUGGAUACGUGACGAAAAAUUCAGCGUCGGAUCUUUUCUAGGUAAUGUUGAAGUCCUCACGGCAUUGAAUGUUGGAAACUUUAGUAAACCUUGUUCACAAUUGGUUGUUGAUGUUACAUUUGUAGUGUGUUAUUGGCUGAACAGUGUAUGGUAUAUUCUAUGA